AUGGCACCUAUUUUUCCUUCGGUUACUUUCGUUCGUAAUGAGAGUCCAGUUCCUGAAGCAGAACGUGACAUGCGUCUGCAGAAUCCUGAGCUGGGUAUCUCCGACACUGAUCAUAUGGCCAUCGCUAAAUACGCUGAUGGUCAGUGGCAGACGGCAACUAUUCAACCAUUCUCUUCCUUGACACUACAUCCUGGAUCCAAGUGCUUCCAAUAUGGACAGACACUAUUCGAGGGCAUGCAGGCAUACAAGACGCCUGAUGGAAGGAUCGUUCUCUUCCGACCUGACAAAAAUGCAAAACGCCUCAACAUCUCUGCCGAUCGUGUAGCCAUGCCUGAGCUACCAGAGAAGCUGUUUCUAGAUAUGGUCAAGGCACUGAUCUGGGUUGAACGCGACUGGUUCCCUUCUGGUGAAGGCGGAAGACUUUACCUGCGUCCCUUUAUGUUCGCUGCAGGGAACUCUGUUCGAUUCGCAGUAGCCCAAGAGUACAUAUUUUGUGUUCUUGUUUCACCAGCACGUUCGUUCUUCAAUCGAACUGUGCUCAAUGUCUACGUCGAGCCGCAUUUAAGACGAGCAUCGCCAGGAGGUACAGGAAGCUCCAAGUGUGGUGGCAAUUACGCGGCGGCUCUUCGUUCUCAUCAAGAAGCCGCUAAGCAUGGAUGUGACCAGGCGCUCUUCUUGGAAGAUGACGGCAAGAUACAGGAACUUGAAGUCACAAACAUCUUUUUCGUCAUGAAGAACGGCACAAUCCGGACACCUUGUCUAAACGACACUAUUCUCAACGGUGUAACACGAGCAUCAGUCAUGGAACUGGCCAGGGGACGAGGCAUCAAGGUUGAAGAGAGCGACUAUUACUUCAAGGACUUUUACGCCGACGCGAUGAGUGGGGAAGUGCUUGAAGUAUUUGCCUGUGGUACUUAUCGUGUUAAAAGCUACGGCAUUAAUUACAAGCUUUUUCCCUUCUUUACUAGAACCUUCCUCUUUUAA